GACAUCCAGUGAGCGCUGACUUAUAAUUCAAAUUUAAAUUGGGAAAUGUUUGUCGGUAGAAAAAAUCACGUUUAAAAAUAAAAUUUUUGCUAAACAGUUUUCAGUAAAAAAUUUCGAUUUCUACCUGCAAUUUCUACUCUAUUUAGAUUUCAGCCUUUGUUUCUUUUAGCUUUAAAAAUUGCGAAAGGAAAAUGAAUGCACUUCAAAAUUGUUUCAAUGUGGCAAAAUAUCUUAUGCAUUAUCAUCCGUAUCGUCGACAUUCGAAGCUGUAUUUCGAUACUUUUCGAUUGAUCAGUUCUAUGCACCAGUUCAAAGUGAACACCAUGAUAAAAUAUCCUAAGCGAGAAAUCCCUAAAGAUAGUCAGGCUGAAUUACCUAUAGAACAGAGAAAUAUUCAUCAAACAUCUUCCCGUUUGGCGGAGCGCAAGAAUUACUAUAAUAUUUUAGGUGUAAGAAAGGACGCUACAUUGCGGGAUAUUAAGAAAGCUUACUACGUUUUAGCAAAGAGAUAUCAUCCAGAUUCAUCAAAGGCAUUUACUUCACCCGAGAGCGAUAAAAAGUUCCAAGAAAUCGCAGAAGCAUAUCGAAUUUUGAGUGAUGAAAGUAAGCGGCUUGAGUACGAUCUAUAUGGAGUUGUUAAAAGUAUCAAGAGAAGCUUGCCCGAGUUAAAAACUAAAAAUGAAAACGAGCAGAGACUGCAUCGGAUGUUCGAUGAAAUUGGUUUUACUCGAGAUAGUGGGGACUUCGACCCGCCUUUUCCUAUUGAAAUCCCAGAAGAAGCAACCAUCAAACUUACAUUUUUACAAUCAGUUCGUGGCACCAAGAAGGACAUAACAGUUAAGACAAUGAAAAAAUGUCAUGCGUGCGCAGGAGUUACAGGAACACCGAUCAAGAGAAACUUAGUAAUGUGUGCAAAAUGCAAUGGUUCUGGAGUUCAAGCCAUCACAACAAAAGCUCACAUGGUCCGGGGGCCAUGUAAAGUAUGUAAUGGACGGAGAUAUGUUCCACAACAAUCGUGUCUCCAAUGUAACGGGCGCGGAAUUAUGAUUGUAAAUAAACAAGUUGAAGUCAACGUGCCAGCUGGGGUCGAUUCGGGCGAUAUUAUAAGGGUGCCACAUCCAAAUAAAAAGCAACAAAUUGCUGUGCGUAUCCUGGUUGCAAAGAGUGAUGAUUUUACACGAGUAGGGAAUGAUAUUCUUAGCGAUUUAAUGAUACCCCUUUCGCAAGCUGUUCUGGGCGGAUCAGUCAAAGUUAAGGGUGUCGACGGUGAAAACAAUGAAAUAGUUCUCCAGCCUGGGACAGAGAGUAAUACGAAAAUCCGAUUAGUUGGCAAAGGCGUGAAGACAAAUUCUGGCGUUGGAGACCAUAUUCUAACUGUGAAAGUUAGAAUCCCUAAAAUCUUGUCUGCGAAGCAACGAGCUUUGAUGACCGCGUUUGCCGAGAUGGAACAUGACGAACCUGAUCAUAAAGCCGAACUUCGCAAAUCGAAAAUCAGGGACGAAUUAGCAAAUCUACAUAAUCUGAACAAGCAACAAAAAAAGUCACCACUAACAACAAUGUCCAAGCAGAAAAUGUCAAACGAUUUGUCGACUAAACGAUUUUUCCCAAAAUAGACACUAUACGCCAUUAAGAUUACGAUAGUGUGUGUUAAGAGAGUUUUGGCCAAACAAAGUUUGACUUCAGUGAGAAAUUGUGAAAGUUUUUCGUCCAAACCAGAUAACAGCAUUUGCAGCUCGUUUUCUAUUGAAGAUAUAAUAAAUAUGAAAAUUAUCUGUGGGAAA